GAGUCUUCAAAUUUCAUUUCCAUUUCAUAUAAACAUAAACAAACACUUCUGCUUCUGUCCCCCCUCUGCACAUGAAAGAAACUUCAAAUCCCCAAUUUCUCUCUCUCUCUCUCUAAUCUCCAUUGCCAUUUCAAACCAGAGACCCUCAACAACAAGAAGGCCAGAGCGGACCACGCCAUAGCUCCGUCUUCCUCCUUUCCUCGCUGAAUUUUGGAUUGUCUUUGAAGUUUCAGUGCUGUCUUAGGAAUUGAUGGAUUAUGAUUGAUAGCUGCUUGCAUUAAAGCCUUGAAGGAGGGGUUAUCAUAUAUAUAUUCCAAUAUUAUUAUUUAAUAAUUGUAGCAUUGUAGAGCUUAUCUAAUGAUGAACUUGCCCAGAACUAGAGCACAGCCAAGGCCUAAUAGGCCUAUGUCUUUAGGAGGUAUGGAUUAUGUUGAACCCAAGAAACGGAGCAACUUUUUGGGGAAAAUUCUUAUGGCUGCUGUCCUUACAGCUCUAUGUGUCCUUAUGCUCAAGCAAUCCCCUAAUUUCAACACCUCGAGCCCUUUUGCCCAUCACGAACCAGGUGUUACUCAUGUCUUAGUUACUGGAGGCGCUGGGUAUAUUGGUUCCCAUGCUGCAUUACGACUUCUUAAGGACUCAUACCGUGUGACUAUAGUGGACAACCUCUCGAGGGGAAACCUAGGUGCUAUAAAGGUCCUGCAAGAACUAUUUCCAGAGCCCGGGAGGCUUCAGUUUAUAUUCGCUGACCUUGGGGAUGCCAAAAAGGUUCAGAAGAUAUUUUCCGAGAAUGCUUUUGAUGCCGUGAUGCAUUUUGCAGCUGUAGCAUAUGUUGGAGAGAGCACCCUCGAUCCUCUAAAGUAUUACCACAAUAUCACAUCAAAUACGCUUGUUAUAUUAGAGGCUAUAGCAGCACAUGGAGUGCCUACUUUGAUUUAUUCGAGUACAUGUGCAACAUAUGGAGAACCAGAAACUAUGCCCAUUACUGAAGAAACUCCACAGCUUCCAAUCAAUCCAUAUGGAAAAGCCAAGAAGAUGGCUGAGGAUAUCAUUCUUGAUUUUCAUAAAAACUCAAAUAUGGCUGUCAUGAUUUUGAGAUACUUCAAUGUGAUUGGAUCAGACCCAGAGGGAAGAUUGGGAGAAGCUCCACGUCCAGAGCUUCGUGAACAUGGGCGGAUAUCGGGUGCUUGUUUUGAUGCUGCUCGUGGUAUCAUCCCUGGGCUAAAGGUUAGGGGAACAGACUAUAAGACAGGCGAUGGGACGUGCAUAAGGGAUUACAUUGAUGUUACCGAUCUUGUCGAUGCUCAUGUGAAAGCUCUGGAGAAAGCAAGCCCCGGGAACGUUGGAAUCUACAAUGUAGGCACGGGAAUAGGCAAAUCAGUAAAGGAGUUCGUGGAGGCGUGCAAGAAAGCAACGGGGGUACCCAUUAAAGUGGACUACCUUCCCCGUCGACCAGGCGAUUACGCAGAAGUGUACAGCGACCCAACCAAGAUCAGGCGCGAGCUAAACUGGACCGCAAAACACACCGAUCUUCAAGAGAGCCUGCAGGUCGCGUGGAGUUGGCAGAAGUCGCAUCUUAACGGCUAUGGUUCGCCUUUGGCGAUGGCUGUGUAAAUUGUCUGGAAUUUUAACUGUGAAAGAGUCACAAGAACCCCCAACACAGCUUAGUUUUUGGCCUAGUAAAAUUAGUGUUUUCUAGUGGAGUUAGGUGUUUGAGGCAGAGGGGUUCCAACAAAUUUUUUUUUCUUUCACAGCUAAAUUUGAUGAUAUAGUACCAUAGUGGUGUAUGUAAUUCGUCCAUUUAUUUUAUGUAUCUAUUUAUGUAUUUAAUACAAAUGCCUAGUCUAGAUUAAUAAUAAUAGAUGUUCUCUUCAAGGUUUCGCCCUUCA